UUCCCGGUAAUUUAGGGAUUUUUUUGGGGAGGUUGGAAAAUUCAAGUUGUUCCCUCCCUACAUCACUAGGAAAACCUGUGCCUCCGCCCACCUCCACCCUCACAUCCCUCCAGCUCCUCGACUCAUGCGGACCUAAAUCAGAGCUCAGCGGACGUCCAGCUCCAGGUCUGGAAAAUAUGUGAUUUUGGUUUCCCAGGAUAAACAUUUCCACUCACACGAUUAUCCCGCUCUCCAGCAGGAAAGAAAGGGAGUUAUGAAAAUGUCUUUCGUGCCACAUUAAUAGCUGAACCAUUAACUGAGGACACCUGCUGUGCUGCACGAACACCGACUGAGAGACUCCAGUGCCGUCCGAAAAACAAACAUGGGGAAAGUGAUCUACGUCAGUAAAAAUGUGGGCCUGGGGCUGCUGGUGCUGGCGGCCAUUGCUCUGGCUACGAUCAUCGCGUUAUCCGUCGCCUACGAUAACGAAAAGGCCAAGAAGCGAGGAGGCAACACUGAGGAUGGAGCAACGGGUAGCACCAGUAUACCCAUCACUACGCCCUCCACCCCAAAAGAGCCCUGGGACCACUACAGACUCCCAGCAUCCCUUGUUCCCAUCUCCUAUGGAGUCAACCUGUGGCCCCGGCUGAAGCCCGACGCUAACGGCCUCUACAUCUUCACCGGAGACUCUUCGGUGGUGUUCAGAUGUGUGAAGGAAACGGACCUCAUCAUCAUCCACUCCAACAAGCUGAACCUCACCAGCUUCGACGGGCAUCACGCUAAGCUGAGGGCCCUGGGGGAAGCCUCUGCACCGUCCAUACUGAGGUCGUGGCUCGUAGUGAAGACGGAGUUCUUGGUUCUGCAGUUAAGUCGCAGACUGAGUGUUGGAGCGACGUAUGUGCUGUUCACUCAGUUUCAGGGGGAGCUGGCAGACGACCUGGAGGGCUUCUACAGGAGUGAAUACACGGAUGAUGGUGUGAAGAAAGUUGUCGCUACCUCACAGAUGCAGGCUACGUUUGCCAGGAAAACCUUCCCUUGCUUCGACGAGCCGGCCAUGAAAGCCUCCUUCAACGUCACCAUCACUCAUGAGAGAGGCUUCGUGGCUCUGUCCAACGGCGUCGAGACCGGCUCUACAGACGCCAUCAUCAACGGCGUUCCCGUCAGAGUGACGACGUUCGAGCCCACGGAGAGGAUGUCCACGUACCUGCUGGCCUUUAUCGUCUGUGACUUUGUGGACGUCGAUUCAAACCUGAACAACAGACUGUUGAUCCGAAUCUGGGCUCGCAGGAAAGCGAUUCAUGACCACCAGGGGGAUUACGCUCUGAACGUCACAGGGCCGAUCCUUCAGUUCUACGAGCAAUACUACAACACAUCGUAUCCACUCUCCAAGUCAGAUCAGAUCGCUCUGCCUGACUUUAACGCCGGGGCGAUGGAGAACUGGGGUCUGGUCACAUACCGAGAGACCGCCCUGCUGUACGACCGCGUCAUGUCCUCCACUGGAAACAAAGAGAGGAUCACCACCGUCAUCUCCCAUGAACUCGCACAUAUGUGGUUUGGAAACCUGGUGACUCUGCAGUGGUGGAACGACCUGUGGUUGAACGAGGGCUUUGCGUCGUACGUGGAAUACCUUGGAGCGGACUAUGCCGAGCCCACCUGGAACAUCAAAGAUCACAUCGUGCUGUAUGACGUCCACAAAGUCUUCGCUGUGGACGCUCUCGCCUCCUCUCACCCGCUGUCCCGUCGAGAGGACGAGGUCAACACUCCGGCUCAGAUCAGCGAGAUGUUCAACACCAUCUCCUACAGCAAGGGAGCGGCGGUGCUCAGGAUGCUGUCGGAGUUCCUCACUGAGCCGGUGUUUGCCAGAGGCCUCAGUUCUUACCUGAACACGUUUGCAUUCAGCAACACGGUGUACACAGACCUGUGGGACCAUCUGCAGCAGGCGGUCGAAAACACACCAAGUGUCCACAUCCCUCACACCGUCCACGACAUCAUGAACCGCUGGACUCUCCAGAUGGGCUUCCCAGUGGUCACCAUUGACACACGGACAGGAAGUGUUACCCAGCAGCACUUCCUGGUGGAUCCUGACUCUGUAGUUGAGAGACCCUCUGAGUUCAGUUACACAUGGUUUGUCCCCAUUAAAUGGAUGAAGACAGGCGUAGAGCAGCAACAGUACUGGCUCCUUCAAAAGACAGACACCCAUGACAUGAUGAGGGUUUCAGGAGAGGACUGGGUGCUGGCCAACACAAAUGUAUCCGGGUACUUCAGGGUGAACUAUGAUCUGGACAACUGGGAUCGUCUCCUCUCGCUGCUCAACACAAACCAUCAGGCUUUAUCAAUCAUCAACAGAGCACAGAUCAUCGAUGAUGCGUUCAACCUAGCAAGAGCCAAAAUAAUCAAUACAACAUUGGCCCUGAGAACGACCAAAUACCUGUCUAAUGAAAGAGACUACAUCCCCUGGGAGUCUGCCCUGAAAAACCUCAACUACUACAUCCUCAUGUUCGACCGCACGGAAGUCUACGGAUCUUUACAGUCGUACUUCAAGCAACAAAUCCAACCCCUUUUUGAGUACUUCAAGACGAUAACAGCUAACUGGACCAAAGUACCUACAGGACACACUGACCAGUAUAAUGAGAUCAAUGCUAUUGGAAUGGCAUGCAGUUUGGGGGUGAAGGGCUGCAGGGAGCUAAUCCAAAGCUGGUUUGGAGAGUGGAUGGAAAAUCCACAUCUGAACCCGAUCCAUCCCAACUUGAAAAGCACAGUUUACUGCCAUGCCAUAGCUCUUGGAGGUGUGGAGGAGUGGGACUUUGCCUGGAAAAUGUUCAAGAACGCCACCCUGGCAUCUGAAGCCUCCAGGCUACGUGCGGCCAUGGCCUGCGCCAAAGCACCGUGGCUACUAAACAGGUAUCUGGAGUACACCUUAGACCCAACGAAAAUCCGCAAGCAGGACGCCACCUCCACCAUCCAGGGCAUCGCAGGAAACGUAGUGGGCAUGCCGCUGGCCUGGAACUUCGUCAGAGCGAGAUGGAGCUACCUUUUCCACACGUAUGGAAGAGGAUCAUUCUCCUUCUCUAAUCUCAUCAGCGGCGUCACCAGGAGGUUCUCCACGGAGUUCGAGUUACAGGAGCUGAUGAAAUUCAAAGAAGACAACCUCCAUGUUGGCUUCGGCUCGGCCACCCUGGCCUUGGAGCAGGCGAUAGAGAAGACCACGGCCAACAUCAAGUGGCUGACGGAGAAUAAAGCUCCUGUGAUGAAGUGGUUUACCGAGGAAUCCACACGACAAUGACACACGACGGAUGACAACCACUGUACUCAUCUGUUUUUAACAGUUGCGCAAAAAGGAAGAACCAUUACAUCACUGGUCAUCCCCUUCAGUGCAAAGGGAGAAAAUAUAUCAUUCUAUAUCAGAGCUGUAAAUAAAAAAACUCUUGUGAUUGUCAGAGAAAAGCCCUCGUAAUACCUUUUUCUACACUGAAAAAACUGGAAUAUUGGCUUUAAUUAAAUAUAUUGUGUCGUGUUAAUGUUUUAGGUUAGUUUAAAGCAAUACUAUUAAGUUUAAAUAGCUUCCACUUCAUUUAAUCGCUUUAAUCUAACCCAAUUUAACAGUCAACGUGUCAGUUUUUUCAGUGCAGGUGCAUUUUUAUUCUCAGAACAGCAUCAAGUUAUCCCUCUGUCUUUACACUUCAGAUUAAACUGUGGAGACUCGCUGUGAUGUAACAAUGCAUUUAUAGCAUAAACACGAGGCAUUCGGACCUGAUUUUCAUCAUGUGACUGUGAUUAAGACCAGAACAAUAAUACAAAGUUAACUCUAAUGUUUUUUAAAUUGUCUGCUUUUAUUGUUUUGGCGGUACAUUCCAUAACCUUCCUUUAAUGCGUUAAAAUCUGCUUAUUCCACUUAUUUAUGACAGCUAUAAGCACUCAUGAAUAUGUAAAACAAUAGCCAUAAUAUAUUAUAAUUAAUUACUUGAGAGAACCUGUUUAAUAAUUACCCAUAUCUGUCCUCUAUCGGAUCAUAGUUUAUUUUAAUAAAGCAUCUAAAUGUGAUAAUUAGGUGCAUUAAGCGGUCAUUUGGUGCUUUAAGCAAAGUGGAAAAAACAUUUAAUCCCCGCAAGACCAACAGAAAUCUUACAAAUGAUAUUUAACUUUGAUUCAAGGACUUAAUGCAUGCUUAGAAUCAAUUACAAUCACAUUCUGAUGCAUUGUGUAUAUCAAACAUGAGAAUUAAACUCAACGUCAGUAGAUUUCUUACCUUGUGAAAACAUAUGAAUGGGAGACUAUCAAUUAUUUGGGUUUACAAUACUGACCUGAGUGCUUUUAACUAGAAUGAAACAGUGCUUUCAGGAGGUUAUAACACAUAGUAAUAUGGACCAACAUUUCCUGCAGAUUCAGAUGUUAUUCCUAACACUGGAUGUCUUCAUGUGGAAAAUCCGUUUUCCCUUCAGUUUUGGGAUGAAUGUGUUUUUUUAUUUUGCCUUUUCUUGUUUCUUUUUUUAAUCUUGAUGAGAAGAUCAUAAAUCAUUGCACUACAUGAUGCUCUGAAUGUCUGCCGGGUGAAGAAUCGAAGGAGAAAUAAAUCCAGAAAGACUU